CGGUAAACCCCUCCCCCGAUACGUACGUCGCAAGAAAACAACGUUCCUGGGUUUCAAAACUUCCCGGUACUGUAUGCUCCUUGAAGUCAGGUUAUCAUGAUGGAAGGAGAUCCACACCUGAUAAAUAGCGAUGAAUAUCUUUUACUUCUAACAUACUGCCAGAGGAGGGAAAACACUGAGGUUCCAAGACUACGGGGAGCAACAGGCUCUAAGUUUCGUGCUGUGGCUGAAAAACUGACCAAGAUUGCAGACCGUGAAAUACCUCUUGAUGAUGAUGACAUAGAAAGUGAUGAUUCUUCUAGCCCGAAACCAAGCAAUGAUCCAUUUAUAAACAAGCUUGUUGAAUUAUUGAAGAAAACUGGGGAUGACUUAAACCAGAAGAUUCAGGAGGACCAUAAGCUUUUUGCAGUCCUGCAGACAGCUUUUUCUUAUAGCUUUUUUGGCGAAUUAACCAAAGCCUUCAUCAGUACUGUUGUGCCAGAAAACCAGGAGAACAGAUGCAAACGUGAGGAAAUCGCCUUGACCUUUGAGGUCACCAGCAGACUAAAAGCCAUGGACCUUCAACCCAUGAACAGAAUCAUGGGAUACGGAGCGCAGUACCUGCAAGAACAUUUUGCCCCAUGGAUUAAUGAGCAUGGCGGUUGGGACAAGGCCUUUGCUGGUGAUGAUGACGAGGAGGUCCACUGACGAGAUUAUUUUCUAUUAUGAUUUUUUACAGAGCUUAUUUAAAUGUAUAUAUUCACAGCAUUGAACAUACUCGUUCAUGUAUACAUUUACUAAAAUAAAGUAAAAAGACACUGUGAA